ACGCGCUCACUGGCAAACAAAAGCAGAGAACUUGGAGACGGGUCUCAGCAAGGCAGAGGCAAGGAUUGCGUAUUUGCAAAAAAAACUAGGCAUUGGACCACAAUCGGCGUUUAAAAUCGAUGUCGUAAACCCUGGCAUAUCGAAGAAGGAUUUCAACAGAAUUACUCAGGAGAAUAUGAAAUUAAGGGAAGCACUGGAUCACAUUGUCGCCACAGGUCUGGGUGGCGAUAAAAUUGCUUUAGAUCAAAAAAUCUUACCGACGAAAAGGCUGAAUGAUAUUCGCAAAAGUUUUCGCAAUUGAAAGGAUAUCGUCAAAUGCGUUAUAAAUGUCGGUAGAAAUGAAUAAUGAUAAGAGCUCACGAAAGAAAUGGAAAGAUGACGCUGAUGAAAAUAACCAUAAGAGCGGUCAUCACUAAAGAAAUCUUAGCUAAGUAGAGCAUUGAAUAUGGAGAAAAAUUUACGGAAGAACUUGGAAGAUUCAAAAUCUGAUCUUUUGAAUCGUGUAACAGAAAUGGAGAAAAUUGUAGAAAGAGAAAAUCAUGGAAUGAAAAUGUUGUCUGGUGAUUGUAUGAAAUUAAAAAGAGAGUUGCUCGAGACAAGUUCAAGAUAUGAUAAAGAGUAUCAAACAAGAAUAAAGUUGGAGACUUAUGUAGAUAAAUUGAGGAAUGAUACAGAGGAUAUGGAAUCCAAACUUUUGGCUAUUUCAAAUGACAAACAGACGUUACAGUUGACCUUGAUGAUGUUGAAACAUGAGAACAAAGAGUUAAAACAGAAAGAGGAGUUCACACAACAAUCAAACAACACACUUAAGGAUGCCAACCUUGAAUUAGAGAAACGAUUUAAAGAAAUGAUAGAGACUCAAAGGAAGUUGGAAGAUGAUAAUAAGAUCUUGGUACCCAAGCAUUGUGAUUAUGUUGAACAACAAGAGAAAGCAUUUGCUGCCAAACUGCAGGAACAAGAUAAAAUACUGGAUGAGGCAAAAGAAAGCACUUUACAGGAAUUAAGAAAAGAGAAACAAGAAUUACUUGAGAAAGAAAAAGAAAUGUAAAAAUGAGUAUAGUUU